UUUCUAUCUGUCGUUUCGUUCCUUUGUUGCGAUCGAGAUUCCAGGUAUACUCGAGUGUAAACCAUGGGUAAAGCAGUCUUGCUAUUGUUUCUUGUGGUGCAGUGCUACGCUCUAAGCGAGCAGGGAUUUAUCGGAAGAGCCGCAAACCAUUUUCUGGGAUUGUUCAACCGCUUUUUCCAACGUGGGCAAAAUGCAGGUGGCAAUAUCCAGCCUCUUGUUGACAAAAUGCUUGAAGCCGAUAUCUAUAAGGCUGGACCUAACGACUAUAAGGUUAAUUACGGUAAUCCAGCGUCCGGGACAAAGGACCAGAGUAAAAAUGAUCUUUUCUAUGACGUAAACGAAGCAAUCUUCAAACAGCCAGUUUACGACGUUUUAAUAAAGCUAGUUGAAAAUGGAGUGUUCUACAAUGAUGUCUGCGAGACAGAAAAGCCCAUGGAUGGUUUUCGGAAGACACAAAUUCAGAAACUGCUUGAUACCUGGACAGACACAAAAGUUUUCAAAUUAGCUUAUGAAUACCUGCACUCUAAGAAUGAGCCACAUUCGACCACAUUUGCGCAGCUGAAAGAGUUCCUUUUCAACUUCUGGUUUGGAACAUAUUCUCGUUGCAAAGGGACUAUGGGAAGUUCUGGUUUUGAGCAUGUCUUCACUGGAGAAUGGAAGAAGGGAACUGUUGGAGGGCAUCACAGCUGGGUUACCUACUACUUAGCACAGAAGAAGGGAAAGAUCAAUUAUCACGGAUAUUACACAAAAAGAGGGAUCACUACGGGAACCUUCCAAUACAAAUGGCAAUCCUAUAUGAAGAAGAAGGGCGGCAUGCUCUUUGGAACGUCCCCAGCUUUCGACUUCUCUCUGUUUACCGUUUGUGCGUUGUUGCAUCCGGGAGCAAAUACAUGUAGGUACAGCAUCAAUAACGUACCUUUGGCAGUCACCUCGUACACGCAAAGCUGCAACGCUGGAACGUGCCUUUCAACCGCAUAUCCCACAAAUGAUUGAUAUCUUUGGAUCAAUGUUAUAAAUCUCGUGGAUAUAUUCAAAUAAAUUCUGCGCAUUUAC